CUUUAGUUGUUCGCCAUCUCUGUCAUUUAGGCAUCUGUUUUUCUUUACCCCCGACACGACAACAUGUCCCGCGUUUUGUCCGGUUUCCUCCGUGUUUUCCCCAUUCGAAGGCUGCUCCAUCCUCUAGUAAUACUCUUUGUUUUAGUUCUGACGAUCUUUGUCGGUUAUCGAACUUUGGAGACAGGCUACCUAGUUAUAUCAGACGAAAGAAUCCUAGAAGCAGUGUCGAUGAUUAAACGAUCAGCCGUUGAGACUACUGAAAAGCCGCCGCAGACCGACAAACCUAAUAUAAUUUUCAUCCUAGCAGACGACUACGGGUGGAAUGAUAUUGGGUACCACUCUUCUCUUAUUCGUACUCCAAACCUGGACAGACUGGCACAAGAUGGCGUCAAGUUGGAGAACUACUACAUACAGCCCAUCUGUAGUCCAUCAAGGGCGCAACUGAUGACUGGCAGAUACCAGAUUCGUUAUGGCAUGCAGCACAGUGUCCUUAUGAGUGACCGUCCACACGGACUCCCACUGGACGAAGUCACGCUUCCUCAGGUGCUGAAGGAAAGUGGGUACUCCACGCACAUUGUUGGCAAGUGGCACCUUGGACACUUCAAGAAAGAAUAUCUACCAACACGGAGGGGCUUUGACACAUUUUUCGGUUUCCUUGGGGGAGGAGAAGACUACUUCACACACAGGAUACCGAACGAGGUAGUGGAGACUCCUGAGACGUACCGGGCUUUUGAUUUCUGGGACGGGACGUCACCGUGCCUGACUGAAAAUGGAACCUACUCUACUCACCUCUUUGCCAGAAAAUCCAUCGAACUCAUUGAUCGUCAUGACAAAACGAAGCCGAUGUUCCUGUACCUGCCUUUCCAAGCUGUCCACGCCCCUUUGGAGGCUCCCCAGGAGUUUAUCGACAAGUACAAACACAUCAGGGCCAGGAACUUGCAGGUGUACGCCGGGCUGACCACGGCCAUGGACGAGGCUGUCGGAAACAUCACCCGCGCUCUGAAGGACAACGGGAUGUGGGAAAAUACCGUUCUCAUCUUCUCUACUGACAAUGGUGCGAGUAGAGCCGGCAGCAACUGGCCCCUCCGAGGCUUCAAAAACACCCUGUGGGAGGGGGGUGUACGUGGGGUUGGAUUCGUCAACAGCCCGCUGCUGAAGGAAAAGGAGAGAACGUCCGAUGCCUUACUGCACAUCUCGGACUGGUUCCCGACUAUCGUGCGACUAGCGGGCGGUUCAACCUUCGGAGUAAAGCCGCUAGAUGGAUACGACGUUUGGGAUACGAUCAGUGAAGGCACUCCUUCUCCUAGAAAGGAAAUUCUACAUAAUAUCGACCCAUUGAUCGUGUCCACCAACAGCGAGGCUUCAAAGGUGUUUGGUCACAAAACGUUCAACACUGCCGUGACAGCAGCUAUCCGGGUGGGGGAGUGGAAACUAUUAACUGGAAAUCCAGGAAACGGCGACUGGCAGCUCCAGUCGUUUGACAAGAAGAUCAGAGAGAAGUCGACCGGCGUGCGGGGGAAGCAGCUCUGGCUCUACAACAUCCGUGACGACCCACAGGAACGCCGGGAACUGUCCGCCGAGUACCCCGAGGUUGUGAAGAGACUCCUAGGGAGGCUGGCAGCGUAUAACGAGACGGCAGUUCCCGUCUACUGGCCGAAUAUUGACCCGCGGUCAAACCCGGCCCUACAUGGAGACCUAGUGGGGCCAUGGAUGUAACAGUUUAAAUCCAAGACCGUUAACAGUUUAAGUAAAAUGAGUGUGCCCUAGAUGUAACCGGCUCAAAAGUUUAAAUCCAAGACCGUUAACAGUUAAGUAAAAUGAGUGUGCUCUGGAUGUUUUAAUGGCUCAAAAGUUUGAAGACAUCCAAUGCAAUUUCAGAGUGGAAAAAUUGGAUUUUCAUAUACUUGCCAAUUUUCUGGUCCUUCUUUUAAAUUAAAUGUAGUAAGUUGAAUUAAUCAUAUCAUAUAUAUAGCAUACUGAUAUCUGUGAGGCAGAACUCAAUGUUAAAGUUGCUAACUGAAAUUGUUGCUUGUUUGGUAUUAUAGGCUGGUUCUAGUUAUUUAUGGGUGGUACGUUCUGCUUCUCAGACUGAAUUUACGACUUAGAAAGUUAAAUUUUCUACUUGUUUUAGCUAUUGAUAUAUUAGAACCGUAGAUAGGUGUGACUCUAAUUGGUUGUUCAUUUAAUCUAGCAGUUACAGGAAGUGUUCUACGUUGGAAUGUGACUUUUUAAACCUUCUCACUGGCUAAAUGGUUACCGUUAAGUGACAAAAUUUAGAUUUUAAUGAAUUGAAUGUGAAUUAUUGUGUAUAAGACUUAGCAUGAUUUCAAAGAUAAAAACGUAUAAAUUAUAAACUUAUCAAAAUUUUUUGUGGUUGUUUUGAUCCUCCAAUGGUAAGUGACAAAGGUAUUACCAAAGGAAGUCAAAGAUAUAAAAUGUAUACAUUACUACAACCAGUCAUACAGAUAAUGCCAUAAAGUAUUCGUACUGAAGACUUAUGUAAACUUUGUCACUUUGAUAAAUUCUACUUGAACAUGUUUCUCCUUUUUUUCAAAAUAAAGUUCGUAUUGAAAAAA